CUGCUACGGCGCAGUUCAUUUCAAACAAGCCUAUUGUUUGUGUUAACUUUACUGCGCAGAAUAACUUCAGUAGGAAGGGAAGUACUCUAUCAGUAUAGACAGUAUAUGAUUUGUAGCGUUAUAACAGAUUGACUUAUGUCUGUAUAUAUUUUGUUGAAAAUAAUCAUCUUGUUUCGAUUGUCUGUUACAUACGCUGUGAUCUAUUUUGGGAAGCAGGAAGUAGGGCGACUGCCAGUGAAUGGUCCAAUCAUAUGUCAAAGAUCAUUUGUUUUGAGGAAAGCCGAAUGCAUGUGAAGAGCAAAAACUAAUGUUACCACUCUGCACAUUUGGGACAGGACUGAAGGUAAGAAGACUUCAGUUUGUCAGCAUUCCAGUUCCUUUGAAGAAGGUAAGACACCAAAGUAGAGUUGACUGUCCUUGUUCCUAUCAUGCCAGUGUCUCAACGCGGGAUGGCUCCACGAAUGGAUGAUGUCAUGCGUCUGUGCUGUGAAAUAUCGGCUCACGAUCAGAUCAAGGUCGCGGUGAAAAACUCCACCAAAGGAGCAAUGGUGGCAGGAGGAACUGCCUUUGCAGGCGGGCUGCUCGGUGGACCUGUAGGGAUUGCUGUUGGUGGAGUAGUAGGCAGUCUCUUGGGCAGCUGGCUGACCAGCGGUCAGUUCAGGCCUCUGCCUCAGAUCCUGAUGGAGUUGCCACCUACCCAGCAACAGAAGCUCUAUGAUGACGUUGUGGCCGUCUUAGGCAACUUGGACUGGAUGGAUGCGGCCCAGCUCAUUAGCCUUGUGAUGGGCAACACUACUCUCCAGCAGCAGGUCACUGCUGCGUUGCUGAACUACAUCAAAAAGGAACUCAGUGCAGAGGUGCGCUAUCAAUACUGAGUUAUGGUUACACAUGGACUUUUCAGGAUGGUCAGGCCUGCCAACCACAACCAAAGUCCUUUAUAACAUAUUUUUGUACAUAAUUGGAAAAACUGAAUAAUGGAUGUUUCACUUUGAUGACUGUGCCAAAUUGAGCAAUUAACAUUUGCUAUCUUCUGAGUGUCUAUCCUAACAAGAAAAAAAUUGUACAGUCACCAUAGAAACCUAUCUGUGUUACUCAAUAUUAAAUGGAUAGUGACCUUGAAUAAAUAACGUUUUGUACGACA